AUGUCACUAAUUCUUGGGUUAAAUGAUGACAUGUACAGAGUAAUAUUUAGUUUUUUAGAAAUUGAUUUCAUUCAAGAAUGCAUGCGUCUUGUACAUACAUCAUUUAAUAUUCUCAUCAUUGAAGAUGAAACAAUACAACAACAAUAUUUAUUGAAGAAAGUUCACAAGAUGAGCCAAGAUCCCGACAAGACACAAUCAAAUGUUCACUAUAGAACUCCACUAUAUAAUAGGUACCAGAUGGAGUCCUUCUAUUCUCCCUAUUUUAGAGUGGAAAAAGAUUAUCACCAAGCAUUUCAAAGAUUAAAGAGAGAAUUUCAUAGGAAAAUGGAGGAAACUGAGGAGCAGAGAAGAAGUUUGGCAUCAAAUCGUUAUUUAACAAAGAAGGAUAUUUAUCAUCACUAUGAGGAGAUUAAAUCAACUGUUAAUGAAACUCACUUUGAACUAUUGAGGGAAAAUAUUAGCAAAGAGGAUAAUGAUGGAAAGCCAGUUCUAAAGUUGAUAAUUAAUGGAGAUGGAGGAGCAGGGAAAACAUCUCUGCUUCAAUAUUUGGGAUAUGGACAAAUGUUUGAAUAUUUCACUGCCCUUGACGCUUGCAUUUCUUACUCUAUUAAAUCGAAUAACUCUGAAAAACAAGAGGUUAUUAGGCAGGAAGAUAUUGUAAUGCUUAGUAGUUUUGAAAAUAUUCAGUAUAAAUGGAUUCCAGAAAUUAAGCAUCACAUGCCAGACACUCCAAUAAUGUUAAUGGGUUGUAAAAUUGAUUUAAGGAAAAAUCCUCUAUCCUUAAAACAAAUGAAAUUCAGAAAUUUCUCCAAACCUAUCAGUUUUGAAGAAGGAGAAUUAAUGGCUCGUUCUUCUGGAUGCUGUACCUAUGUUGAAUCCUCUGCACUCACUGGAGAAGGAAACAUGACUGACUUUGCAGAAAUUGCUUUCAAAACUCUGAUUUAUUAUAGAAAUAAAUCAUUGUUAUUUCCUGGAAGAGAGAAGAAAUGCGAAUUGAUGUAA